UCGAUUAUUCACGGCUGUGGGCUGAUCUGAAUUGAGCUGAUCCCGGUUGAGCGGCGCUUUUUUCCUGAUCACGAAUAGAGCUAUUAAACUCUGCAUCUGCACUGAAGGUGCAGUAGAGAGUGCCAUGCAGGAAGGAGAGGAGAGGAAGUGAGGCGAUGGGCUGCACCUCAGCCAAGCAGUUGUCAUCUGUACCCAGUGAUGAAGAGGGCCGGGGUAAGGCCUACAGCAACGGAGAUGCCUUCUCCGAUGAGUAUAAACUGAAAGGAGUUGAGAAGGUGAAGUACAUGCAUGGAGAAGAGGAGAGGGCGAACUCACGAAACCAAGAAAACUUGGAAAAGAGCACACUUUUGCACAAGGGCAGGCAUAAAGAUGCCACCGGAAAUGGUAAUAAGAUAAGUAUCCACUCUUCAGAGAGCCAGCAGGAGUUCUUCAAGAUGCUGGAUGAGAAGAUUGAAAAGGGACGGGACUACUGCUCGGAGGAUGAGGAUAUGACAUAGCAUGCCGAGAUGUUUGAUUCGGGCCAACAUUAAGUCAAUCCUGUCCCAAAGUUCCUUACGACUCCUUUUCAUGCCUCCUUACCCAACGGGUACUAAUCUUCAAGAGCGUGGGGUUAAGUGACUUUCAGCCCUGUUAUACACUCCGUUUACAGUCCACACUCUCCCAAAUGUCUUACAGGUCAGUAUUUGAGACUCUUGAGGACUAGUAUUUAAACGGUAGGGGGGCACAGAAAGGCCAUGGUUAAGGAGACUUGGGAUUUGGCCCAAGUUUUGAAUGGGAAAGCCAUUUUCAGACUGUUCCUCAAUCCCUUGCCUUACACUACCCACAAGCCUUCUCCUACUCAUAGACUACAUUCAGUGGAGAGAGCCAUGCCGAGAAUCCUGGAUUCCAUGCUCCCUUUGACAAGGACACUACACAUGGUGGACCAGCGGUGGAGAUGAUAUCUCCUAAUGAGGACUUAGAGAGACUUGCGUGAUUCUGUCCAUGCUGUUGAGACACAGGAAGUGAAAGAAUAUGGACAGAAAGGCCAUUUCUAGCAUUCCAGUUUUUUUUAAUUAUUAUUAUUAUUAUGUGAGCAAGAAUUUUUCACCCACAGUGUUUUAUGUACAUGUAUUUUUACCUUUUUCUUUGAGUUGUUACAACGCUCAGGACAGCAGUGCUGUAUGUAUCAUCACUAGAUUUGUUGUUGGAUGAGAGCAGUGCAUUUCCUUCAGGGCCGGUCUUGAGGACAUGUUGGACAGUCGAGAUAGAUCACAGCAUCUAGCCAUGUUUAGAGACGCCAGUUACAGUAUCUUAAGUUCAAGUAGUUUGCAGAUACUCAUUUUUGCUAUAUAACAGGAGGAUGUCAUGCGUUCUCUUGACAUUUAUAUUCAGUUUUCUUUAGUUGUAAACCAGUACAAGUUUCAAAACCAGCCUUCAGAAAGUUUUACACAGAUAAGUUUUAUUAUCAGGAAGUGUUUCUUCCUUUUACAGUAUGACAGUAACUUGCCAUAGCCUUAAGCACACAGUGUUUUGUUUUCUGAUAUGAGAAAAAAACAGUAAGCCAUUCAUUUCUGUAUUUUCACACUAAAGUGAAUAAUACCCCAUAUGUAUGCUUAGGUUCUCUAUGUACCUACUACAGUUGGGCCAAACAUGAAUGCCAAAAAUGCAGUAAAUGUGAUGCAGAGUGAAAAAAAUAAAUACACAUUGACCAACUAACCAAGGACAAGCAAUGGCAACUGGUUUAUUGAUCUAUAUUCCAGCUCUGUAUUGUUUAUGUUAAAG